AUGAAUUUUCUCCCGAGCCUGGAUUCUGGACUCGAUUGGAACCAAUCGCGUCUUCUUUCGAGGUUCACGAACCGUGAAUUCGUUCCGCAAGGAAUAUUCUCGGAAUCUUGCCUUUUCAAAUUCCCGCGUGGAAAUAUGCGCGGUCGCCGCCAGAACACGUCGCGCGCCGUCUCGUCACGCACAACGAUGAGCUCUUCGGAUACGCUCGCUCAAGCGUCCCGCCACCUUUUGGCCGGCGCUACUGAAACCAAGAGAUUCGAAUGGAUCGUCGUUUGCGGCAGUUUCCUCGCCUUCUUCGCCGCCUUUGGCAUCGGUGCCAACGACGUCGCGAAUGCGUUCGCCACCUCUGUCGGGUCCGGCGCGUUGACCAUUAAAAACGCUGUAGUCCUCGCCGCGAUCUUUGAAUUCUGUGGUGCCAUGUUCAUGGGCGGUCACGUCGUCAAGACAAUUCGCAAGGGCAUUGCUAACCAGAAAUGCUUCGCCGGUACCGGUGGUGCGAACGAUCCCGGCCUCUUGAUGUACGGCUGCCUAUGCGUCAUUUUUGCCGUCGCCAUCUGGCUCGUCAUCGCAUCUGCCUUCGAAAUGGCCGUCUCCACGACGCACUCGUGCGUUGGUGGUAUGAUUGGAAUGACUUUGGUCGCGCGUGGUAGCGAGUGUGUCAUUUGGACCAAGAAAGCGGACGAAUUCCCGUACGUCAAAGGCGUCGUCGCCGUCAUCAUCUCCUGGCUCUUGUCCCCGGUCAUCUCUGGCGCCUUUGCGUUCGUCUUCUUCGUGACCCUGCGUACUCUCGUCAUGCGUUCCGAACAUUCUUAUUCUCGUACUGCCGUCGCGUUCCCAGUGUUGCUUGCGUGCACUCUCAUCAUCAACAUCUUCUUCAUCGUGUACAAGGGCGCCAAGUUCCUUGAGCUCGACGACACACCGGUCGGUACGGCGUGCGCCAUCGCGUUCGGCAUCGGCGGAGGAUGUGGCAUUAUUGCGUACUUCUUCGUUACCCCUUACAUCCUCAAGACGACCGAUGAGCUCUUCGAGAAGCAACAGCUCGAAAAGGCGGAGCGUGGUUCGGGCAAGAAGGCCGAAGAGAAGGUCGUCCGUCAACCGCGCGAGUAUCCUGUCGGUGUCUUUGGCGCGCCGCGUCGCAUGUGGUACGCUCUGCAAGAUCAUCUUGAAUCUUCACUCGCCCACAAGGCUGAAGACAUUCUUGACGAAGACAUGGCUGUAUUGGCGAUCCACGAAAACGCCGAAAAGUUUGACGAAAAGACUGAACUUUGCAUGCGAUACUUGCAAAUCCUCACCGCGUGCUGCGACUCGUUCGCGCACGGCGCCAACGAUGUGGCCAACUCUAUCGGUCCCUUCGCCUCUAUGGUAGUCGUCUUCAAGAGCGGUAAAGUUUCGAAGGAAGCUGAAAUGGGCGACGAUUCAUAUUGGAUUCUCGGUCUUGGCGCUGCCGGCAUCGUCUGUGGCCUCGCCUUGUACGGCUACAAGAUUCUUCACGCUCUCGGUACCAAGAUUGCCAAGCUCACCCCGAGUCGCGGUAUCUGCAUCGAGCUUGGUGCGGCUUGCGUCAUCAUCAUGGGAUCCCGUCUCGGCUGGCCGCUGUCUACCACUCACUGCCAAGUUGGUGCCACCGUCGGCGUCGCCCUACUCGAAGGCCGCAAGGGCAUCAACUGGUUCAUCAUCGGUAAAACUGUGUUCGGCUGGAUCAUCACCCUCGUCAUCGUCGGCUUCUCCACGGCGGCGUUCUUCGCACAAGGUGCCUACGCUCCGAUGAAGAGCUACCCGUGCUACAUCACAGGUAGUUGCUAA